GAAGAUGCAGAACAACUACUAAUCUGAUCCUGUGGUGAGGUUGUUUAAUCAACUUCUGUUUACAAGGUCAACUACUUUCAAUCACUACAUAGUGUAGCAGUGUAUAAUGUCCACUUCAUUGGCCCACCAAGGAGCCUAACUUAGUCCAGAAUGAAAGUACACAAGACUUACACUAAUACUUCUGGCCAUUUAGUGUAUGUAAAGUCUGCUCUUUAUCAAUGUUGGCUGCAGAGAGGGAAACCCAGAGACAAUCCUCCUUGCACAGCACUCUUAAGCCCGCUUGGUGUUCACUCCUGAUUCAGGAUCAGCAGCACACUUUCACUGAUCAGCAGAAUCGCUGCUGUCGGCUGAGAAUGAAAGACAGAUGAUGUAUACCCGUGAUAUGUCCUAGCUCUCCUAACCACAGUCCAGCACGGUGACAUUUUCCAGAACCAUGGCAACACUGACUGUAUACAGAGUUGGGUACAUGUCGAGGUAACCAGGGUAACGCCAGAGAGUAGUAGCAUGUAGCUAAACGUCAACAUUGAGCUAGCCAGAGAACCGUUACGCUAAUGUUUCCUCCGGCUGCGACUUUUUGUAGUUUUUUUUUUCUGUAGUUCCUCUCAUCCGACUCCUGUAAUCACUUAUAAUUAACAUUUCGGUCAUUUCCACGAUAUUUGCACCGAUUAACCGUCACUUCGGGCCGUUAGCGUUGAUGCAGCACCGCGUGAGUUAGGAUCGCAUUUCAGUGACGUCGCCCUGGGAUUAUCCAAUUAAAUCGCUGGAUGCAAACGACCGUUGAUGACGGUCCUACAGGUUUUUUUCACCCUCUGGUGGUCCACCAUUUUGGGAGUCAAAACACAAAUAGCAGCGCACACCUCCACGCUUCUCCGUGGCCUUACUAUGGUUCACACAUGUGUGGUGGCAGGCUGUAGGAACAGAAGGACACCAGGCACCACCUUAUCUUUCUACCGUUUCCCCCGGGACCCCGAGAGGAAGCAGCGCUGGAUAGCUGCUGUGAACCGAGAGGGCUGGGUGCCGAACGACGGCAGUCGGCUGUGUAGUACUCACUUCAUCUCAGGUAAACAGGUGAAGAAUCCGCGUUCGCCAGAUUAUGUUCCUUCUGUGUUCACGACAGCUCCCUUAUCCCCAGAGAUGAAAGAGCCAGGUGCCUUGGAGAUCCUGGACAAGCAGGAAGCACGUGUGGAGGCAGCCAAUGCCUUGUUGUUCCUGCAGGGCCAGGGCAGGUCUGUAGCGGGGGAGCGGGGCCAGGAAGAGCAUCCUGAGGAGAGGGAGCAGGAGAACGUUGUGGAGGAAAGUGCGUCCUCUUCCCUCAGCACUGAUGAAGACGAUGGCGAGGAUGAUGAAUCUAUGAGUGACAGCAAGAAAGGAAGGUUUGCUCAGACUUCUGAUGCACAGGUGAACUUUGACGACAUCCUGAAGGCCCUGAAGAAGGAGAACCAGACCCUCAGGGAGUCUGUGGAAAAAAUUUCCCUCUCUGAGAGCUCUUUGAGGAACGAUGCAGAGAAAGUAAAGUUUUACACAGGUUUACCCAACUACUUUGUCUUAGAGACGGUCAUGUGGCUGCUGGCACCUCACAUGGACGGGAUGAAAAACAUGAAGCUCUCCAAGUUCCAGCAAUUGCUGCUGACACUGAUGCGACUCCGCCUGGACCUCCGCAACCAAGACCUGGCCUACCGGUUUGGUGUGAAAGUCGGCACGGUGACCAGGACCGUGCACCAGAUGGUCAGCAUCAUGUCCUCCACUCUGGUGCCGACGGCCGUCUUCUGGCCUUCUAGAGCCGAGCUCCGGAAAAACCUGCCGGCAGCUCUGCGCACCUCCCACCCUGAUUGCGCUGUCAUUAUAGACUGCUUCACGGUGCCUUUUGAGGAGCCGGUUUCCCGGGGCAACCAGCAGCAACAGCAGAGGGUGGUGCAAAGCUCUCAGGGGCUGGGGACAAGUUACAAUGUCUUAAAGUAUCUGAUUGGUGUUGCUCCUCAAGGCGUUGUCACCUUCGUCUCCAGGGGCGUGCUGGGAAACGUCACUGACAAGAGCCUGGCUGAGGGCUGCGGCCUUCUGUGCAAGCUUCUCCCAGGUGAUGUCGUACUGGCGAGUCGCGACCUCGACAUUGCCGAUUCUGUGGCUGCUCGCGGAGCCCUGUUUAGGAUUGCUGGCAGCUACCAAGGAGAGGCAUACGGGAGCUCAGAAGACUCGCUACAGGCUGAUGCCUCCUCCGAGACAGUGAGUGUGCAGAGGCAUGUGGACAGGGUGAUCUCCAUGGUGAAGCAAAGGUACGCCAUGCUCACAGGCCCUGUCGAGAGCCCCUUCACCACAGCCUCUGAGCGCACGUCGAACCUCUCAACCUUUGAUAAGAUUGUGCAAGUUGCCUGUGCCUUAAACAACCUGUGCAUCUCUGCUGCUCCACUAGAGUGAUUCGUACAGAAAUGCCUAGUGCUCCUCAAUGCUGGUCAGGCACUUAAGUUCCCUUUACUGCUUUGGACCUUAUUCCAUGUUCUCCCACCACAUCCCUGCGUCAACACUACACCGUGACUCCAGAACUUAUACGUUAUACUCACCACUUUAAUUUACACUUCCAGUGUAUGUGUUUCCCUGUUAUCUAGGUCGGUCUGUACUUGGAGAUGAGAGCACUUCCCCCAAAUCCAGAAGCCACAUUGCUAAGAUGUGAUGUCAUUAAGUUAUGCAACUUACGAAGAAUGGCAGGCUUGCAAAGGAUGUUAUUUUUUUUUUUGUAUUUAGGCUUUGAAUGACAACCAUACGAGUAAAAUGUACCUUUGUUAGCCCGAGGUAUAUAAACUGUAGUUUGGGUGGUGCAGGCAAUGUUCCCACUAAUCCUGUGCCAUGCUAGAGUCUGCAAGUUUUUUUUUUUUUUCAUCCCUAACAAUUACUACAGCAGCUGACUUCACUGAUUACUCCCUCUCUCUGCUGCAGAAGGGGGUUUGUUGGUUAAACCAGCUGUUUUGUUGCCUUGCCCUGCUUAUAAAUCAAGAACAGUACACACAAUUCAAAGAUAUAUAAAACCGGUUAAAGAUUAAGAAAAGCAUGAAUAGUAAAGCAGCUCACAGAUAAGAGUCUCUCCUACUUGAUCUACCAUGCAGGGACUGACACACGUCAUGGUCAACGGGGGUUUUGAGGGAUUACUGGGUGUACACAAACCUUCUUUUUUAGGGGGGCAUUUUUACAUGUUUUAGCCUGCCAGCUAUCAUUAUGGGACGAUUAGCUACCUGUUAGCACAGACAAACAUACCACCCACAGACCGAUUUACUAGCAUAUGGCCAGAGUCUGGUGUUAAUUUAUCUGCUGUGCUCUCUGGCUGUACAGACACAGCUCAUUUCUGGGAGGUCUUGACAAUAGCUUCCUGGUUUACCGCAUUUUUUCAACAGGGCUUUACCGAUACUGAUGAUUUUUACACAAAAUAAACAGCCCUGCCUGCAGAAACCUAAACUGCUGGGUGGUAAAAUAACUGAAAUGGACCAAAAAGAAAACUAGUUUUCACCACAGGUCGGGAUUAACUACAAUACAGCCCUCAUGGAGUGUUAGGCCUGGUGGAUGCUUGUCCACUCAGUGGGUCCAACCUGGGCUGUACAAUGAACAAUGAUGUCAAUAUCUACCACGCCACACUAGGUUUUAAAGAUGUUUGUGCAGGGUUACAUUUUUAUUUCUUUUUAAGUAUUCCAGUGCAGUGUUUUGCCAAAAUGCCUUCUUAUUUAAUACGAUGCUCGAGAUUUCUAAAAGCUGUGCUGGUGAGGAAGGAAAGAUUACUGUUGUUUCCCAUGUUUCCAUGUUCAUUUUCCAUAAGUAUAUGUUGGUCUAACAUCACAUAACAGGGAGCAGGACAAACUGAUUAUACAGUGUGUAGCCACUGACAGUUCUCAAAGAAAAACGUCACAAGCAGGCGCUUGUGUGCUGAAAUUAUGCUCCGUUCUCUUUAACAUGCCUCUGCGAUUCUCUACAGUCACACUGAGUCAAAGUAUCAUUACAUGAGAUACGUUAUAAAAGGAAUGAUUUCCCAAAGGCAACCGGAGUGGGUUUUUUUCCCCCUCAGACACUGAAGUGUUGUUGACAGGGUUUAAUUAACACUUUGUUCAGUUGAGCAUGUCAGCUUCAGCACUUGGAGAAUGUACAUUUAAUUUGUGACUGUGUAAUUCUCAUUGGCUUUGUUCAGUGUGUUCUGUUGUAAUUGACUGUAACCGUUUUUGACCAUGAGAGGAUACCACAGAGACGUUCCUGUUAGUUACAGUACACGCCUGGAGGCUGUUUUUAAGAAAGGUUACCCAGCCGUUAAAACGACUUUUUGGUGUUUUUAAAAGUCAAAUUAAGCUUAAGGAUAUGGGCUUGCACAUGGUCACAUCAACUGUGUUUGAUACACAGUUUGUUUUGAGAAAACAUGUCUUUAUGAUUUUCCUGCAUGAAAAAAGACCCUGCUUAUUUCUUGUCCUCCGUUGCUGGUGCCUUAGUUUAUAAAUCUGGUAGAACUCGGCCUGUGUUUUCUACAAAUAAUAUUUAUUUUUGCAUCAUACAGCUUGCUUCAGAACCUUUUCUGGUUUGGUUAGUGUGCUGAAUGUGCAAAAACAGUCAGCACUCAAAUGUUAACAAAGCAUCCCUCAUCAUUAUUUUAAGUUGUGUGUGUACAGUAAGAAAUGUUCCCAUUCAUUUUGACAUUUUAUAUUAAUCACCUUUCUAUCAUUUAAUGUGUACAAAUUCCAAAUGAUGUCCAGUAAUUAUACAUUUAAGUUGUCCUAUUACAACAGAGGUUCUAGUGCUUUGGCUCAGGGCCUAGAAUUAAUUGGAAACAUUGUUUUAACACAACAGAGACUAACCUGGAUCAGUUCUAUUGCCAGGCUUUAAAAGGUGUUGCUUCACAAGCAGUGUUAGGUUCAGGUAGGCAUGCUGUGGAAGCCCAAAGUGGAAUGUGCCUUUUGUUCUCAGGCUGCUGGAUGUUCCCUUCCACAGGCGGCUGUGUGUCUUUCCAUGUGCUCGCAAUGUAUGCUCUUGUUUCUUAAGUACAUCAGUCGGAUUUUCUCUCCACCCGCGUCUUUUGUUUUAAUUUAUUUUUAGUGUUUUUUUGGUAGCCAUGGUGGUUAUCACUGUCAAUGUCAGCCACCCAGUCGGUCUUCUGUUCACUCCAAAUGAACCAAAAACAGCACAGUUGAUUGGGAAAAUGUAUGAGACAUUGAGUUUUUAACUUCACUGGUGCAUGUGUUUUGUGGAUGAUCAGACAUGCUUUCUUUUCUGAAGUCUUGCUUGUUGCUUAAAGGGUGAAGAAGAACGCUGUUAGACAGGAGAGUUGCUGCUAGACUGAGACUAAUAACUCAAAAGUGGAAGCAAGACUGUGAUGGGUACUUUGACAUAUUUUUCCUUGGAUUUUUCUUACAGCUAAGUUAUGUUUUUCCUUUUUUCUUUUGUUGCUUGUGAACGCAUAAAAUGCAUCACUUCCUGUAUACUAGAGAAGAUUGUUACCAGGUGAGACCUGCCAAAUACCAGUGUGAAAAGUGCUUAAAAGCAAAACCUUUGUGAAGUGAAUGGUUGUUGAAGCAGAAAGAACGAGUUUCCUGCAGUUUUAUAUAAGGCAGAGUUGUUGAUUCUUCCACGAGGCCGCCAAUGGUUGAUGGUUCACAUUUCAUUAACUCCUACUCUAAAAUAAAUAAAGUGCUUAUAGGUUGAGAUAAAUGAAACACAUGUUUUUUUGGUUGUAAACCCAAUAUUAAGUUAUUCCUGUUUAUCUGACACUUCUAUUACCAUGCUAUUUGCCUAUUGUUAUGGAUGCACGUGCUUCCAUGAUUUUUCCUCAUUAUUGCCUCUGUGACUGAAAAAUUAAAGCUUGGGAAAUGGAAAA